UGGUAAAAACAGGAGAGGAAUGGGUGGAGGGCUCGUCGCUUGACCCUCACUGGACACAGUACAGAGAGAGCGAAGGAUUUGCCUUGACAUAUGAGGAUAAGAAUCAGAUAGAAAGGCCUAUGAUAACUUGUUAAUACGGGCACCCUGAUAUCUGAGGCAUAGAGGACCAUGAAGUGCUGGGAGCUACUUCUGCUCAUUUUCAUAGCAAUCAAAGUUGUCAAAACACAGUGGAAUGUAUGGAUGCCACGGGAUAUCUCAGCCAUGACCAACUCAUGUGUAGUCAUCCCCUGUUCAUUUAUGUACCCUUCGGGAAUCAGGCCUUAUCGCGGUGUCCAUGGAAUAUGGUAUUUUGGUCAGCCGUAUCCACAGUUGUUCCCUCCUGUGGUAUUCAAAUCUCGGACAGACAUUGUGCACGAGAGUUACAAAGGCCGCACUAAACUACUUGGUGACCUGCACCAGAAGAACUGUACAUUGAGGAUCAGCAACAUCGGUCCUGAGCACUCUGGAAGAUACUACUUUCGUGCAGACCUAGGUGGAGCCAAUAUUUAUACGUACCCAGAUUUUUCAGAAGUAAAGGUCCUGGACCAACCAAACAUUGAUGUACCUGAGGAAAUUGUUAGUGAUGACAGCCUUGAUUUGACAUGUUAUGCUCCAGACAACUGUCCUGAUAUGAGUCCUGAAAUCCACUGGAUGUACACAGAUUAUCUACCAGACCCACUCUUCACUGCAGACUACUUGGAAGACAGUAACACAGCUGUGAUAUCCAGCACUUUAACUUUUACCCCCAGACCCAUGCACAAUGGCCAACUACUUGGCUGUCGAGUUCACUAUCCAAACACCACCUUUGUGUAUGAACAUCUCAUUUCAUUGGAUGUGAAGUAUGCUCCCCAAACUGUGUGGGUAAAUGCGUCCCAAGAGGUCAUGGAAGGAAGUUCAGUGGUGCUUCACUGUGAAGUAGACAGCAACCCAGUGUCCCGCAUCUCUUGGCACUUCGGCGAUGAAGAGCUUCUGUCCGACACAGCUUCAAAUGUCUCACUCUAUCUAGAGGACCUGAAUCCUACCCAGGAGGGUAUCUACACCUGUGUUGGUGACAACGGCUAUGGUGUUAUGAACACCUCCAUGUACCUGGCUGUCAAGUAUCCACCCCGUGAUCCUUGGGUGAACAGUUCUCUGACAGUGCUGGAGGGUUCAUCCAUAUACCUCCAAUGCAACACGCAAGGCAGCCCAGUGCCUACUCUUACUUGGCUCAAGGAUGGGGAGCUGGUGGGCACCAUUAUAGCGGAUGAGCUUUCUGUCUUGGAACUGGUGGAGCUGACACCUCAAGGAAGUGGCCAGUAUCGUUGCUUGGCUGAGAAUGAGCAUGGCCGUUCAUCCAGCUCACUCAACAUCACAGUGGAGUUUGCUCCAAUUCUUCUGGAUGAAUCCAAGUGUACAGUAGUCCGUGAGGGUGUCCAGUGUGUUUGCAUGGCAACAGGAAACCCUGAGCCAGCGAUUGAGUUUUACCUUCCUGACCUCAACAUCACCAUAAAUGAGACAGAGAAUCGCUUCAACUACUACACACACACAGAUGGCUACACAUCAACUGGGAUGAUCAAGCUGCGUGACAAAGGUGAACAAAUGGGCAACGGAGGAACUGGAAUUCAUGUCCAUUGUAGCAUCACCAACAUUUAUGGCACCGAAACCGUCCAACUGGAACUUCAGCAGGAGAAAAAGUAUAUGAUGGCUGUGAUAGUGGGCACUAUUGGAGGAGUAGCAGUCAUUGCCUUCAUCAUUGCUGCAGUGAGAUAUGUUGGCCAUAACAACAAGAAAGAGAAUGGCAACCCUGGGCAGGACCUGGUUUCUAAACUGGAGAAUCCAUCAAUGUUCUACAGCGCAGUCAAGAAGGACAAACACAGUCUCAGGAAGAAAGUGACCGUCUCCACCACAAAAAACAGUUCCAGCUAGAGCUGACGGCAUUGAGUUGCCAGGCAAUGAACAUUCCAGAUCCGUCCAGAUCAUCGGGACUUAAAGAGACACACCUGCCUCUUCUCUGUGUCCCUGUCAUCAUCGGACUCAUAAAUAAAAUCAAAUGUUAUGUUGAAAAUGUCGCUGUCUACUAUAUUGCUUAAUUCGCGAGUCUGUUAACUUCUCUCGCUGACGCUUUUCAUAAAUGAAUGGAAUGUAGUUUUAACAGUUACAAUGCAUCAUUCGCGGAGUGAUUAGCCUACUAGCAGUUAAAAACUUUGAGUGGCCUUGUGCUGUGAUGCUGCCACUCAUGAUGACUCAUAGAAUACCUCUCGUCCAAUCAAAAAUUAAUAAAUUGCUUGACCGGACCGAACUGUUGUAUUCUGUUGUGUGUAAAUGACAUUAACCAUUCACAUUAUUUCAUAUAUUAUAUGUUUGUUGUUUACUGAGAACAUUUGGAAGAGUUAGCUUACACCACAUAUUGACAUAUUAUGUCAAAAGACAGUCAUUUUUUACCUUUCUACAACGUUGCACAUUUCAUAGAACUUCUUCAGUCUUACAGUGAACAGGCAUUGCAUCUCAACAAAAGUCCACGUUAGGACUAUGUUUUAGCCACAAACAUCUUGCAAAACCAAACUCUUCCACUCUCAUCUGUUUUCGUGAAGUUUGUUCAAAGAAAUAUAACACGUCGUUAUUACAAUAUAUGAUCGUUUAAAGAAUGGCAGAAGAUUAAACCCAUUUUUCCCUUAAGACAGUGGUUUAAUGUAUUUUGAAGCUCCCCGUUCGCUCACCUACACAAUGUACUGGCGUCCUUUUCCCAAAAGCAUAGUUGACUAUGAUAGCAACUACCUUUGUCGUGUCACUACCAAAUGUGAGUCCGUAUAUUUGAGGUAUGCAUGCACAAACUCGUUGUCAUAUAUCACUUCAUCAUCACAUUUUUCAUUUUGGAAAAUUAAAAAAGUAAGAGCAUAUUUGUUUGCUCUUGUUAAAGGAACACUCCAAGAGAAUAACGUAGUUUAAUAUGAAAAAACAGUGGAGUGCUCCUUUAAAAUAUUCACGAAAUAUGACCGAAUGUCAACACCGUAUUUCUGUAUCGUUAAUGUAUCUGUAACGUGUAACUCAACUACUGUCAACUCGGAUUUGGCAGUGACACUAGCGCGGAAGAUGCAUUGUAAUUAGCAAUUAUGCUUUUGGGCAACGCACCCAUGUAACUUCCUAUACACUUAAGUCAUUUUACUCAGUGUUAAAGGGGCAGGACUACAAAUAAGUUUUAAUUUGCACAGAAAUUACUUACAAACUUGAAACUUGACAUUUCUGCAGAAAAAACACGACUACAAUGGUGAUUUCCAAAUAAAUUUUAUAAAUGUAGAUUCCAUUAUAAUACACUCUUUGGUCUUAUCAGUCAUGUCCCCUUUAAGCCAAGAAACCAGAAACGGGUAGGGCAUUUUAGUGGAUGCACAGAAAGGAAAGGAGAAGCAUUACAUGGAAAGAGAUCAAUCUUGUUCAACUUAGGUUUAACGUUGUAGUAGUUGAGAGAAAACGUCCAGUUUUGCAAGUGGCUAAUGGAUGUGGUUAUACUGUGGUUAUCAACUGGUUAGUAUGAUAGUAUGAGCCUAAUCCUGCAAGGGAUAUUAAGAACUCAUUUAAUUGUUUAUUUGUUGAGAUGUCAUUAACUGUUCAUUUUGUGAGACUGCAGAAAUUAUAUUUGUACUCAGCCAUAUCUAUCCCAAUACAAGAUAGAUGUACCAGAGCAAACAAAAUAUGACCGCCUCUUAGUCCUGAACAUCCUCCCCAUUGAUGAAUUAUAAAUCAAUUUUGUACAUUUGUCUCCAUAUCCUACUCCAUCCCCUACUCUUGCAACUAUUGUGUGUGCUUGUACAGUAUGUGUGUGCCUAUGUGUGUGUGUGCCUGUAUGUAUCUGUGUGCAUGCGUAUUUUUUCCAUAAAAGUGGUGGCUACAUGCCCACAAAAUUUCAUGUGUCCCGAUAUUUCCAAGUCCUAGGAAUCGUUAAAUUCAGGAAGUAGGAUGACGAUGCCUAUAUGAUCGCAGUGCUAGCUACGCUAGUGGCGGUGAUAAUGAUUUAUGAUUGGUUAAUGAUUAAUGAUUUAAGUGGUUAUGAACGUAUUCAUUUAAAUUAUUCAUUUAAUGGCAUUUAAAUGAAAUAAUUUAGUGGAACUUCUUGGAAGCAGGAGACUAAUGAAUGUGUGUGGGCAAUAGUUUUUUUCAUUAGGCUAUAGAAUAACAUCACACUUUCCCAUAAUCUCUACAUUGCAUGAUCAUUUAACAGUUUUUAUUUUUCUAUUGUAAUUCAUACCUUAGUGCAUUCCUUAAAAUGUCUUAGUAUUUCCUGAAAAUAAACAAGCUCA